UGCGCAUGCGUGGCGCUGCUCCGGUACUGCUGCUUCGGCCUGUUCCGCGGCCGCUCGGUCAUUUUCGCCUCUUUGUUGUACUGGUAGUGGAUUUAACUCGGAUUCAACCCCAAUAUCAAGCGGACCGUGCUGCUCCCAACCAGGCACCAAUGAGAGGCUCUCCAUGAUGAGGAGUUAACACUGUCGGCCGCACAACCGCAGGAAGAGACGUGGCCGCUGCACCAUCCACAGUCGACGCAUGGCGGUGUUAGGGAACCCCGACAUGCUGACGAGGAAAAUAAAGCUGUGUCACAUCAACGCCCACAUCACAUGUCGUCUGUGCGAUGGAUACCUGAUCGACGCCACCACCGUCACCGAGUGCUUACACACCUUCUGUAGAAGCUGCCUAGUGAAGUAUCUGGAAGAAAACAACACGUGCCCAACGUGUAGGAUUGUUAUUCAUCAGAGCCAUCCACUGCAGUACAUCGGCAAUCAGAGUGUGAUGUCGGGAGAAGAAGCAGCGGGGUCGGACCUCUCGCCGAACCGCUGGUUCAAAGGACUUCUAAAAGUUGCAGAGGUGUUGUUCUCUGCAUCGAAGCUGCAUCGUUCCACUCAGGAUGUUCCUCCGUGCGCUGCGCGGUUAAAGAUGUUUAACAUCCUCCCAGACCAGACGCGCUCGAUUGAGGUUGAGCUGACUUUGGUUUUCUGCGCAGGCGACACAAAGUCGGAGGAGACGGCCAAUAAGGAGGCGGGGGAGGAGAAACCAGAGGAGGACAACGACUAUCACCGUAGCGACGAGCAGGUCAGCAUCUGCUUGGAGUGCAACAGCAGCAAGCUGCGAGGCCUGAAGCGCAAGUGGAUCCGCUGCUCGGCACAAGCCACCGUCCUCCACCUCAAGAAGUUCAUCGCCAAAAAGCUCAACCUGACGUCUUUCAAUGAGCUGGACAUUUUAUGCACGAGGAAGAUCCUGGGAAAGGGACCACACGUUGAAGUUUGUCGUUGUGACGAGAUGGAGAUUCAAGAAAUCCCCCCUCCUGCUCCACUACAGACCUAAGAUGGAUCUGCUGUAGCUAAAACGGACACAACGGUUGUUAUUUUACUGUUCAUUUUGUAUUUUUUUUUUUUUUGGCCCAGUGACUGUCGCCGAAACCUUUUUAAUUUAUGCAAAGACGAUCAAGCGACACCAAGCAAACGCCCGGCGCUAAACGUCAACACGAGCCAGCAAACCCGAGAGCUAAAAAGAGGGAUUGGGGGGGGGGGGACCGACUACAAGAGAAGCUGGCAGCCUGCAGCACAGAUAUCGCUACACUGGUGGGUUUUUAUUUUUUAAGGAACUAAAACAACCUUUUUUUCUUCUUUUUUUUUUUGGUCCGCUACAUCCUUGAUAUGUGAACAAAAAACGAAAAAAAACGAAAAAAGGAAAACUAACGGAGAGAAAGCAUAUAUUUAUACUUUUGUACAGAAGAGACACAUGGAACCAAGACACUACUGGUGCUGUUUACACCCAAACAAGAUGUCGGGGAUCACGUGACCGUCGUUUUUCUUUUUCUUUUCUUUUUUUGGAGCUUCGUGCAGAUUUCAUUUUCCUCCAGAGACAAAGACUGAGAGAGAGGAGGAAAGUUCUCCUUUUUUUUUUUUCUUCACCCUUCAACAUUACACUCGACACAUCUCGGGAGCACAGAAAGUAUAUGGAAAAAGUAAAUUGUCUUUUUUUUCUUCAUUUUUUCAUUUUGUUUGGCUUUGUCCGAUUUGUUUCUAUUGGGUUCUUCGAUGAUUGUCAAUUGUGAAUAGGCUGAAAUUUGUGUAGUAAUUUAUGUUCUAUAUACCAAUAUUGUACAUAAAAUGUCAUUACAGACAGAGAGAGAGACUGAAGAGUGUAAGAGAGACUUUAGACUGUUAAAAAGAGAAGUUGAUCCCAGAAGUAAAAUCUAUAUGUGGGGGUCAUAAAUUAGGAUUUUUAAAGGCAGCCUCGCUAUCGCUAUCAAAGUAUAUAGAUGCAACUUUAUGUUGUCUGAGAAAGACACAAAACAAAUAUAUGGAAUCCUCUGUGUACGUACGUCCCUCUGCUCUCAUAACAUGACAAGACCUUAAGGAUGGCGUGUUCCUGCAUCCCACUCGUUUACAGCCCCCCCCCCUCCCUCGCGUAACCGCACAUUUCACUUCUCCAUUUCCACAUGUUUAAGUUGAGAGCUUCCUCGGUUUGGAGCGUCGUUACUUCUCACUGCCAGUCGGAGGUGUUUUUUAAGAAAAGCUCUGAAAUACGAUUUCUUUUUGUUACUAAAUGUCUGUUCAAAGCUUCGGGGUGUUUGUUCAUUUCGCAGGUAGCCAGUGUUCAGCGUCCUGACUCCUCCAGACACACAUUCCCCACUAUCGUUUUCGAGAACUUGCAAAUUCAGGUUUUGCACGGGGAGUUUUUUUUUUUUUUUUUUUUACAUUUUGAUAUUGAAAUUCAGAAUUUAAUGACUACUGUUUGGUCAUUUGGUGCUUCUAAGUGUAUGUUUCUAACCUGGAGGGAGGACUGUUCCUUCACUCACAACAUUCAAAGCGGACUGCCGGACUGUAACGUGGAUCCCUGAACGCCUCUGACCUCAGUUAUUACCUCACGGACAACGGCCAUCUGCUUCGUACCCGCCCACCGCUGUCUCACGUGCGCUCGCGUGCGGGGCUCCUAUGCAUCAGAACCAACAGGUCACAGCUUACUUUUAAAUUGGAUAUGAAGCCUGAAACGUCUGACGCACAGACGUCGUUAAAAGGAGAAAAAGUCCUUCUUUUCAUUCCCGUGUUGAUGUUUGCGGCCCUGUGACGAUGCAGAGGGGCCCUGCCCCAUCAGGACCUUUGCCGCUUGUGUUAAAAAGGCAUUUUUAAAAGCCUCCGGGUCUGUUCCUAACCAGCUACACCAAAACUCCUCCUGCCGUCUCGCAGUUCUCCUCCUCCCUUCCUGCUUCCCCCUGAAUCCAGCCGCCUCUGUGAAGCGCUCCUUGAUUUUGGUUUUCUUUUUUCUUUUUUGGAAGAUGGGGGGUUAAGACGAUGGCUCACCUGCCUGCAGGUGAAAAAGUCAUUUGGAAAAAGUAAAUUUGCAGCAUAAACAUUCUGCAUUUUCGAGUUUUGGGAUUUCUCCUGUGGUUCAUUUCUGAAAACAUUCUGUGAUUCGAGCGACUAAAGGACAAAAAAUAAAUACUUUUUUUUUUUAUUUACCUGAGAGAAAAAAGCAUCAAAGUGGUACAAAUUUAGCUGUAUUGUGCUUUAAAAAAGCCUUUUCUGGGGAUCCAUUAUUGGGAAAGGAAUAAAAUGAGUGUUGAGCGCUACAUGCCACUUUAAAGAGGAUUGAAAACCAAAAACAACGAGUCUCAUCGGCUGCUCAGCUCAUGUAAGAGCAUUGUGCUGUUGAUUACAAUAAUACUGUCAAAAUGUGCACGUUUCUGUCUUUGUAAGUGCAGACCUUUGUGUUUUAAAGGCUGAGACACGGAAACGAGGCCCAACGUUCAGUAAAGUUAAAAAACACUCUCCUAUUUCUCACUUUCAGUCGACGACCUUUUGCCUCGUUUUGUCUUCUCGUGGUGCUGAAUCCUCUUAAAAUGUACACAAGCUUUUUCCUCAGGCGGUUAAGCUGCAAAGCGCCCGACACUCGGUGCUACUGGAACCGCAACUACACACACACACACACAGCUGGUCACAUCUGACCUUUCUUCCUCUCUGAGGCCGCUGCGUUCACGUUGCUGAACCUUUUUGUGUGGAAUUAUCGUGUUUUUACUUCACAUCGGAUUCUCUCUGCGGCGUAAAAAAACGCUUCGCAGUCCUUUUCUUAAAUUGCAGAUGCGUUUUAUAUCUCCAUGGCGAUAGUGAUAAAACAGCUGCAGGAAAACACGAUGUGCACAAAGAUUCUUUUUGCAGAACUCAUCUCAAUUAGAGAAAAAACUUUUUUUUCCCCGUUGUACUCGUGAUGCUUUUGAUACACAGGUUGGCAAAAACGAAUCUGACACUGUGAGACUCUCGGUGUGAAACGCGAGCAGCAGCGAGAACAAACUCCUCCGCUCGGUCCUCCUGUGAUGCAAAUCAGCAGGAAAAAAGGGGGCGGGGUCUCUGUGGCGGUUAGAAAUGGUCGCUGGUGCUUCCUUUGGUGCUUACAACUCCGUGUUCAAACUUCAGACUCCUUCAUCAGCGUAACGAGGGAGGGGGUUGGAGGUGUGUGGGGGGGUUCAAAUAAGUGAUGCUGUGAAAAAAAAUACAGAAAACGACCUGGUGAGGAAUCCGAUGUGUCUGACAGCUGCCACUUCCUGCCUGUAAGAGAAGCUCACGCUUAUUGUUUGUUGUCCGAUGAUGUUUUUUCCUCCUCCGUCCGACUUGAGACAACAAUUGUUCUCAGAUUUAGUUUUAAGGGGAGACGCUUCAGCGUAAUCGCUCAUGGCGCUGGUCGCUUCAGGUGUUUAGUUGACAAGUGUUUAUUUUACUGCUGAAAUUCUCCAAAAGAUACCAUUAGAAAAUGUAUAAUUUGCAUAUUCAAACAUUUAGAAAAUUAUUCCGUUUUCUGAAAUGUCUGGCGUUUCAUAUUUGAGUUAUUGCUUUAGUUUGUAAUGUGACUAAACUUGCAUUCAAAUCCCCUUCAGGCUCUCGCAUCCAGCGACGAUCACAAUUCCUCCUAUUAACUUAAUUAUCAUUCAGCCGGAUUUAUAGAACAAGAACAAAUUCAAAUCACAGUCAACAUUGAUUGUUAAAACAAUGAGUUUAUUUUCCAAUAAAAGAAAAAAGAAAAAACUGUUAAAAUACAUCCACCAAAUGGGAAAAAAGAAUUUCUAAACUGGCUUUAGUUCAUUUUCGUGUUUUGCAAUAUUCAUAAUAUCUAAAUUUAUUAAAAUGAGCACAUGUUAAAUAUAAUGUCUCAUUUGCAUAUGCAAGCGUGAAAUCACAGCAAAGUCAUUAUUUGAAUGUCAGUGACAACGUUUGUCUCCCCUCAACUUCCUCCAGUGUGAAACCUUCUGCCUGCAGCAACGUUGAGCCGCUGGGCUGAGCGGCUUUCCACAGCGUGGAGGCCGUCGUGUGUUUGUGUGGCGGAGGAGGAGACACAUUCCAAUAAAUAACAAAUAGUUUUUUCGGUGGUCCGUAGUAACGCCCCCCACUUGUCCCCUCCCGGCUCCCUCCUUCCUCUGCUCUCGUGUACUUGGAGAUUUUCAGUCAUUUGGUAUUCGGCCAUAAACUACCAAACCUAAUUCUUAUUUAUGUUGACUUUUGCUGUCAUUUUUUAGUUUUUGAAGCUCUGCUCUCAUUUUGCCUCCAAUUUGUAUUUUUUAUUCUAACGACUUUAAUUUUGAACCGAAUUCCCCUUUUGUACAAUUCCAGGUGUGCUCAUGUCUACUCGAUGCUCCGUCUGCGAGCAGCAAACAAACAAACAAACACGUGGGUGUCUUUUUGUUGGGUCAAGCGUAAACAAACACAACAACUGAAAUGAUGUGAAUCUGUGGUUAUUUGCAAGGAGGAUGUGCAACAUACGGCUCCGGGUCUCCGCUUUGGACACUUCCUGUCUCACUGUUUCUCCAGACAGUUCCUCAGGUCAAUAAAAGCCUUCUGAGGGCGACCAGGACGUCUCAGAACACACACCAAUGCUCCCGAAAUACACAACGACUGGAUUUUAUUUUAGUCUUAGUCCCCAGUCUCGUCUUAGUCUCAUCUUUAGUCCCCCCGUCCCCCCCUCUGCCUCCUUUUUAAAGAAUUUCUCUGACUUUUUUUUAUUUUCAGGUAAACGCAGGCACUUAUUCAGGUGUCCUUUCCCUUGCCUCCUUUUGUAUACUUGUUAUUUAUUGCACAUGUGAUGAACUGGUUUCCAUUGCCACAUUGAAUUCCAGGGGUUUUGGCUACAAAAUGGAGCCGGAAUUUCUUACGUACAAAACUACCGGAGCUUUUGUCAAAACCUAAGUGUGUAUUUCAUCAAUAAAUGCCUUUAAAAGUGU